GACGGAAAUUGCCGACAAACUUGUCGAAUGCAAGGAUUCUAGUCCCUCCGGGCUUUCCGUUCUCCAGGCCCGGCUGACAGAGUUAGCCGAGGCCGCCAUAUUGAGUAAGCGACCCGGCCUCCGAGGGGGUCGUCGUGGUCCAGACAGUUUAGCAGAACAGCCUCCGCGGCUCCGGGGAGAAGCAAUAUGUUAAGGAUACCUGUAAGAAAGGCCUUAGUAGUCCUUUCUAAGUCUCCUAAAGGAUGUGUUCGAACAACUGCCACAGCAGCAAGCAACUUGAUUGAAGUAUUUGUUGAUGGUCAAUCUGUCAUGGUGGAACCGGGAACGACCGUCCUCCAAGCUUGCGAGAAGGUUGGCAUGCAGAUCCCUCGAUUCUGUUAUCAUGAAAGGUUGUCUGUUGCUGGAAACUGCAGGAUGUGCCUUGUUGAAAUUGAGAAAGCCCCUAAGGUUGUAGCUGCUUGUGCCAUGCCAGUAAUGAAGGGUUGGAAUAUCCUAACAAACUCAGAAAAAUCCAAAAAAGCCAGGGAAGGUGUGAUGGAGUUCUUAUUAGCAAAUCACCCAUUGGACUGUCCUAUUUGUGACCAGGGAGGUGAAUGUGAUCUGCAGGACCAGUCCAUGAUGUUUGGAAAUGAUAGGAGCCGAUUUUUAGAGGGGAAGCGUGCUGUGGAAGACAAGAACAUUGGGCCACUGGUAAAGACCAUCAUGACAAGAUGUAUACAGUGUACUCGCUGCAUCAGGUUUGCAAGUGAGAUUGCAGGAGUAGAUGAUUUGGGAACAACAGGCAGAGGAAAUGAUAUGCAAGUUGGCACAUACAUUGAAAAGAUGUUCAUGUCUGAACUGUCUGGGAAUAUCAUUGAUAUCUGCCCAGUAGGUGCCCUAACCUCUAAGCCCUAUGCCUUUACUGCCCGGCCUUGGGAAACAAGAAAGACAGAAUCCAUUGAUGUAAUGGAUGCGGUUGGAAGUAAUAUUGUGGUUAGCACAAGAACUGGAGAAGUGAUGAGGAUUUUGCCACGUAUGCAUGAGGACAUCAAUGAAGAGUGGAUCUCUGAUAAAACCAGAUUUGCCUAUGAUGGGCUAAAACGUCAAAGACUUACCGAGCCAAUGGUCAGAAAUGAAAAAGGGCUUUUAACCUAUACUUCUUGGGAGGAUGCGCUUUCUCGUGUAGCUGGAAUGUUGCAGACUUUUCAAGGCAAAGAUGUGGCAGCAAUUGCAGGUGGCUUGGUGGAUGCUGAAGCCCUAGUAGCUCUCAAAGAUUUGCUUAAUAGAGUGGACUCUGACACCUUAUGCACUGAAGAGGUCUUCCCCACUGCAGGAGCUGGCACAGAUUUGCGUUCCAAUUAUCUUCUUAAUACUACAAUUGCUGGUGUGGAAGAGGCAGAUGUUGUUCUUCUGGUUGGUACAAAUCCACGUUUUGAGGCACCACUGUUUAAUGCUAGACUUCGAAAGAGCUGGCUGCAUAAUGACUUAAAAGUGGCCCUUAUAGGCAGUCCAGUGGACCUCACUUACACAUAUGACCACCUGGGAGACUCCCCCAAAAUUCUUCAAGACAUUGCUUCGGGAAGCCAUCCAUUUAGCCAGGUCCUAAAGGAAGCUAAAAAACCAAUGGUGGUUUUAGGCAGUUCUGCACUCCAAAGAAAUGAUGGAGCAGCAAUUCUUGCAGCUGUUUCUAGCAUUGCACAAAAGAUUCGGAUGACUAGUGGUGUUACUGGUGAUUGGAAAGUUAUGAAUAUCCUUCAUAGGAUUGCAAGUCAAGUAGCUGCUUUGGACCUUGGCUAUAAGCCUGGGGUGGAAGCAAUUCGGAAGAACCCUCCCAAGGUGCUGUUUCUCCUGGGAGCAGAUGGAGGUUGUAUCACACGACAGGAUUUGCCAAAGGAUUGUUUCAUUAUUUAUCAAGGACAUCAUGGUGAUGUUGGGGCUCCCAUAGCUGAUGUUAUUCUCCCAGGAGCUGCUUACACAGAGAAGUCUGCUACAUAUGUCAACACUGAGGGUAGAGCGCAGCAGACUAAGGUAGCAGUGACACCUCCUGGCUUGGCAAGAGAAGACUGGAAAAUUAUAAGAGCACUCUCUGAGAUUGCUGGAAUGACUCUUCCAUAUGAUACUCUGGAUCAAGUAAGGAACAGAUUGGAAGAAGUCUCUCCUAAUCUUGUUCGAUAUGAUGAUAUUGAAGGGGCUAAUUACUUCCAGCAAGCAAAUGAGCUCUCAAAGCUAGUGAACCAGCAGCUUCUUGCUGACCCACUUGUUCCACCUCAGCUAACUAUAAAAGACUUCUACAUGACAGAUUCAAUUAGCAGAGCCUCACAGACAAUGGCCAAAUGUGUCAAAGCUGUCACAGAGGGUGCCCAGGCAGUAGAGGAACCAUCCAUAUGCUGAAGCUUCUACUAGGAUCCCAGUUUUGCCGCAGAUAAUUAAUGGACAACUGUAGUGCAGUGAUCCUUUACAGGUUUAUUUCUUUGUAAAAAAAAAUAAUAAUAAUUUGAAUCAUGUAAUAUUUAAGGUUAUACUAUGCCUAUUUGAAAAUGAUAUUAGUUAUCAACUUUGCAGUUUGAAAAACAUGUAUUGUGUGUAAAGGUUAAAUAACAAAACUAUGCAGAUGCUCUUAAAAGCAUUGAUAACCUUUGUGACGAAUAUAAAGAAAUCCUUAAAUUAUGAGUUGUUGGCUUAUCUUCAUAAAAAAUUUGUCUGUAAAAUGGAUGAAAUGAAAAGAGUUUCAAUUAAAACCUACUUUUUUCUAGUGCUAAAGAAAA